CGCUGCAACUUACAGAGCAGCUGUGACCCACAGAUCACCUAAGAGACCUCAGCAAACACCAGCCUUGCAUUGCCGUCUUCCAUAUCUUCACACCCAUUUCAUCCAGACCUUUUUUUCUCUUGUCUCCUUCCAUGGAAGACUGGACUUCCCUGAAGCAAGAAAAAGAAAACCACGAAUUGAAGGAAGUAGAGGGGCCAUGGGAAGAAAAGACAGCAGCUUCUCCCCAAGUCCCUGACCCUCAGUCAUCUGAGCCUUUGGAGGCAGAGCAGGCACCAGAAACUGGACCCCAACCCAGCAAAAGCCCUCCUUGGAGCCCCCGGUCCAGAGCCAGCAUGGUUCUGGGAGAUCUCACAGAACUAGGGGCAUUACCUCCCCAUUCCCCUCCUCAGCAGCCUUCUUCCACUCCUCCCUUGACUCUGGGGGAGCAGGAUCUUGAGACCCCACUGCAGUCAGACAGGACCACUAGUAUAAUUCCUAAUUCUGGGACACUUGUUUCUGAUCCUUUGGAACAACCAUCUGACAAGAGAGAAUCAACUUUUCAUCGCGCAAGACAAUUGGAGGAAAACACCUUUCCACAGUCUCAGCAAUCCAAAUCUGAUCUGUAUGGGCCAAAGGACCCAAGCUAUGAUACCUCUAAACAAAAAGAGCUGAGAUUUGACAUUUUUCAGGAAGAAGAUUCAAACAGUAAUUGUGAUCUUCUGCAGCUGGAGCCUGGGGCCUCAGAAGUGGCCCCCAGCAUGCUUGAGAUUGCCAUUCAGAAUGCUAAGGCUUACCUACUGAGGACCAGUAGCAAGUCGGGCCUCAAUCUAUAUGAUCAUCUUUCUAAUGUGCUGACCAAGAUGUUAGAUGAGCGUCCCGAAAAUGCUGUUGACAUCAUUGAAAAUAUUAGCCAAGAUGUGAAAAUGGCUCAUUUUAGUAAAAAAUUAGAUACACUUCAAAAUGAGAAUGAGCUGCUUCCAAUGUAUGAAAUAGCUGAGAUGCAGAAGACUCUUUUUCUCCAGGGAAAUUUAGAAGGAGCUGAUCAGGAAUUAGAAGAUGAAAUAGCAGAAAGCUCUCUUCCAAAUGUAAUGGAGUCAGCUUUUUAUUUUGAACAAGCCGGAGUUGGUCUGGGCACUGAUGAGACUUACCGCAUUUUUCUUGCCCUCAAACGACUUACUGAAACCCACCCAAUCCAAAGAUGCCGUUUCUGGGGUAAGAUCCUGGGUAUAGAAAGAAAUUAUAUUGUAGCUGAAGUGGAAUUUCGUGAGGGGGAAGAUGAAGAGGAGGUGGAGGAGGAAGACAUAGCUGAAGAAAGGGACAAUGGAGCAAUUGAAGCUGAUGAAGAGGAGGAAGAUGAAUUACCAAAGGCCUUUUACAAGCCCCCACCAACUAUACCCAAAGAAGAAAAUAGAACAGGCGCCAACAAAUAUGUCUAUUUUGUAUGCAAUGAACCAGGAAGACCUUGGGUGAAGUUACCAUCAGUUGUACCUGCACAAAUUGUGAUUGCAAGAAAAAUCAAGAAAUUUUUCACUGGGAGAUUAGAUGCUCCCAUCCUAAGCUACCCACCUUUCCCAGGAAAUGAGAGCAAUUACUUGCGAGCACAAAUUGCCAGAAUUUCAGCAGGAACUCACGUCAGCCCUCUAGGAUUCUUCCAGUUUGGUGAAGAGGAAGGAGAGGAGGAGGAAGAAGUGGAGGGUGGGAGAGAUAGCUUUGAGGAAAACCCUGAUUUUGAAGGCAUUCAAGUGAUGGAUCUAGUGGAAUCUCUCUCCAAUUGGGUUCAUCAUGUACAGCAUAUUCUUCCACAGGGUCGCUGUAAUUGGUUCAAUCCUGUGCAAAAAGAUGAGGAAGAAGAAGAGGAAGAAGAUGAGGAAAAAGAAGAAAAAGGCGAAGAUCCUGACUACAUAGAACAGGAAGUGGGGCCCCCUCUUUUGACACCAAUCUCUGAAGAUUUAGAGAUUCAGAAUAUGCCUGCUUGGACAACACGGCUGUCCUCAAAUCUCAUCCCACAGUAUGCUAUCGCAGUCCUCCGAUCCAACCUCUGGCCUGGAGCAUAUGCCUUUUCCAAUGGCAAAAAGUUUGAGAAUUUCUACAUAGGGUGGGGUCAUAAGUAUAGUGUGGACAAUUACACACCCCCAGUUCCACCACCAGUCUAUCAAGAAUACCCUAGUGGACCGGAAAUUACAGAAAUGGAUGACCCUGGUGUGGAAGAGGAGAAGGCUUUCAGGGCUGCACAAGAAGCAACUGUAUUUGCAGCUGAGGAAAAUGAAGAAACUGAGGAAGAUGAAGAAACUGAGGAAGAUGAAGAUGAAGACUAGUAAGAAUAAAAUUAGCUGACACCUAUGUUUCAUGAAUAUAGACAAAAACCCCUUAUGUGAGACUGAUUAUAUACAUGUAUGCACAUAUAUACAAACAUAUAUAUAUAAAUUGGCCAUUAUCCGUGUGCAUGUUAUUCUUUAGAAAUAGGAAACUUGACAUUUCAUGUGUAGAACUAUUAAUGGGUAUAUAAAAAGAUACUCAAUGGAUCUUCCAGAAGCUAAAUAAUGUGAUCAUAUUACUCUUCUGACGACCCUGGCUAAUAGAAUAUAUGCUUAUGUAUUCUUGUUUUUAAAAGGUCUGAUUUAAUUUCUAAUACGAUAAACAUUGAAAGUCUAAUCCACCAGGUUCCUUGGAAAUUUCUAUACUUUUGAGUGUCAAGGAGUAAGGAGAACAAAAGCACUAGUAAUCAGUAAAUUUGAGCAUGUAUUUCUAAACUUUGUAAAAACUGACUCAGGGCAUGUAUUCUUAAACAUUUGUAAUUGCUGGUGGUCAAGCCUGUGAUAUUGAGUGCAAAUACCAUUUAUGUUCAUUUUCUUUUUGUAGGGGGAAUGUUCAUAAUUUCAUGACUUGCUCAAAGACUAUUGGAACAUUUUGAGUUCUUUGUAUAUUCUGGAAAUUAAUGAGCCAAUCCCCCAAAUCCAAAGAUCAAAUAUUCUCUCUGAUAUGUGAAUGCUAACACACAACAAAGGGUGUGGAGAAUAAAAGUUCAGUGGAUUACAUAAAGGAGAAUGAAGGGAAGGACUGGUAGGAAUAGGAAAGACAGUGAAAUAAAUUUGACAUAACUUUCCUACGUACAUAUAUGAAUACACCACAGUCAAUCUCAAUAAUGCAUAUAUCCACAAGACUGGGAUCCUAAUUAGAAUAAGAUAUGCUUCAUGUUCAUAUAAAUAUGUCAAAAUACUGUAUAAUGCUGUCAUACAAUGUAUAACCGAAAAGAACAAACAAAAAAGACUACUGGAGUGCUCAUGCAAUUGCCCCUCUCCACCCCACCCCCGUUUUUUGCUACUGGUGAUUGAACUCAGACACUUCACCACUGAGCUACAUUACCAAACCCAAGCCUUUUUUUUUUUUCUUUUGAAAUGGAGUCUAAGUUGUCAAAGCCAACCUCAAACUUGUGAUCCUCCUGCAUCAGUCUCCCAAGUCUCUAGGAAUGUAGGUAUGUGCUACCUACCAAGCUCAGCAAGUCCCUUUUGAACUUCUCAAUUUCCUCAAUUGCAGUCCUUGUUCAUCCUAUAGAAAUUGAUUUAAAUUUGGAAAAAAUGAUUUGAAAAUAUGGUAAUCUGGCAGAUCCAGACAUUUCAAACUUACAUUCUCUACCCAUAUAUUUCUAAAAUAUUAUGAAUCAAUUAAAAAGGGGGGAUUUUUUAAGUCCAGCUGUAUAAGUCACCCUGAAUUAUGAAUAAGAACUAGGUGCUACUCCUGAAAUCAUGGCUUUCACUGAAGCGGAAAUAUGAAAAGGUAAAUAUAAAGUUAGAAUAGACUGUAAUUUAGCAAGUAGUAUAAUGUGACCAUUACAGGGUCCCAUAGAAUAGUGUCUCUCAAAUUGUGGUAAAGGACCAAUUAAAAAAUUAAUUCCACUAUUAAUGCUGAUGUUUGUAAAAUUUUUAAAAAUCACAGCAAUCCUUAAUUUCUAAGGAUUAAACAUUUUAACUUGU